AUGGCCAGUGUCAGCUUCAGCGGCCACCGCCUGGCGCUGCUGGCGGCGUACCAGGAGGUGAUCCAGGAGGACUGCCCUGCCGACUGGGCUCUUUACACAUAUGAGGACGAUUCAGAUGACCUCAAGUUAGCAGCGUCAGGAGGGGGUGGCCUACAGGAGCUCUCGGGUCAUUUUGAGAACCAGAAGGUGAUGUACGGCUUUUGCAGUGUCAAGGACUCCCAGGCUGCACUCCCCAAAUAUGUUCUCAUCAACUGGGUCGGUGAGGAUGUACCGGAUGCCCGCAAGUGUGCCUGUGCCAGCCAUGUGGCCAAAGUGGCGGAAUUCUUUCAGGGUGUGGAUGUGAUUGUCAACGCGAGCAGCGUGGAGGACAUAGAUGCUGGUGCCAUCGGACAGCGGCUUUCUAAUGGCCUGGCUCGCCUGUCCAGCCCAGUGCUGCACCGACUGCGACUUAGGGAGGAUGAGAACGCUGAGCCUGUGGGUACCACUUACCAGAAGACAGACGCUGCUGUGGAAAUGAAACGGCUUAAUCGGGAGCAGUUCUGGGAGCAGGCCAAGAGAGAAGAGGAGCUGAGAAAGGAGGAGGAGAGGAAGAAGGCCCUGGAUGAAAGGCUGAAGUUUGAGCAGGAGCGGAUGGAGCAGGAGCGCCUAGAACAGGAGGAGAGGGAAAAGCGGUACCGGGAGAGGGAGCAGCAGAUUGAAGAGCACAGGAGAAAACAGCAGACUUUGGAAGCUGAGGAAGCCAAACAGAGAUUGAAGGAACAGUCAAUCUUUGGUGACCAUCGUGAGGAGGAGGAAGAGGCGCAGAUGAAGAAGUCAGAAUCAGAAGUGGAGGAGGCAGCCGCCAUCAUUGCCCAGCGACCUGACAACCCCCGGGAAUUCUUCAAGCAGCAAGAGCGAGUGGCUUCAGCUAGCAGCUGUGAAAUGCCCACCCCCUUCAACCACAGGCCAGGCAGCCAGAUGGACAGCCACAGGAGGGCUGCAGCGGCAGCUGCCCGGAGCCCCUCGGACUCCAGCUCCGCCUCCACGCCUGUGGCAGACCAGAUUGAUCGGGCCCUGGAUGAAGUGACAUCCUCACAGCCACAGCCUCUCAGCAGAGAGCCCAUCGCAGAGUCCUUGUUGGAGAAGGAGCCUCCAGGAGAGACAGCUGGGCCCCUGGAGGACUUGGUGUUUCUGGAGACCAAAGAGGAGGUGGGGGCUGCAGAUGCAGCAGCCCCAGUUGCUUCUGCUGAGAGCUCUGAGGAGAUAGAGCUGGCUGAGCCUGCUGGCCCCCCUGAACCACCAGCUCAGGGGAGCCUCAUCGACUUGUGGCAGAGUGAUGGGGUUUCCCCUCCCGAACCCACAGAAUGGGAGCUGCAGGCUGAUCUAAGGGCUCCAACUCCACCCCAGGAGGGGCCUGGAGCCAUACUGGAAGAGUCCCAAUUGGUAGCCCCUCCAGAGCCUCCUCCACUGGGGGAGGGGGCACCAGAACCCCCCAUACUGCCUGCUGACAAUAGUGCCAACCUCCUGAACUUCGAUGAGCUGCCUGAGCCUCCAGCUACGUUCUGUGACCCUGAGGAGGGUGACCGUGAAGCCCCUGAUGUGGGCGGGAUGGAGGGGUCCCACCCUGGCUCUGAACAAGAUGUCCUGGUGGCCGAGACCCUGCCCAUGGACUUGGAGGAGCUGGAACCAGAGCAGGAAGCCCACUUGCUAACCAAUGGAGAAACCACCCAGAAGGAGGGGACACAGGCCAGUGAGGGAUAUUUCAGCCAAUCACAGGAUGAGGAGUUUGCCCAAUCAGAAGAGCUAUCUGCUAAAGCCCCACCUCCUGUAUUCUACAACAAACCCCCAGAGAUCGACAUUACCUGUUGGGAUGCGGACCCUGUGCCUGAGGAAGAGGAGGCCUUUGGAGGCAGUGUCUAGCCCUUCCGGUUAGGUCUCCCCAGGCAGACACCAUGUGAAGGCCGCCCACUCUCUGGGCUCCAUGCCAGCUGGCCCGUCGCGCCUUCGCCCGCAGCAUUUCCACCUGGUUGGUGGUGACUCUGGACUCCCGGCCCCUGUCCCGGAACGGGGCCACCUCCCCAUUCCCCUGUCCUGCCAUGGGGGGGCCCAGACUUUUAUAGCUUUUCUCCCUUUUUUUUAAAAGUUGAUAGGAAAAGUGUACAGUUGACUGGUUUUCCUCUCUGUUGGUAGUGAGAUGCUGUUCCAUACCCUCCCCCUCCAUAUCCCUUGGGGUUGAGGAGGUAGAUCUCUGUACCCCCCUUCAGCUCUCUUGGCCUGUAUCAGAGGCCCAGACCCCAGGCCUGGCCAGCCGUCCCUGGGGUUGCUUUCAGACUCCAGGGAGAAUGGUUCUCCUUAUACACAACCUUUUCCUAAUUUUUGUUUUGUUUUGUUUUGUUUCUUGAAAAAAUAUCACUCACUGCAUUCUCUGUCCAGGGCUUGGAUAAUUUGCACGAAUUUAAAAACAUGGCAAUAAAUGGCUCUGUGGGCUCUGGUUCCAUGGGACCCCUCCCUCCCCCUCCCCCCAGGAGUAACCCAGCUGGGGUCAGGCCAAGGUGGAGUCCUCAGGCCAACAUGGGUUAGGGUGACAGUAAGGAGACUUCUCCUAUCCCUGUAAUGGCUCCUGAGUGAAUGGGAGGGGGAAUUUUUACCAUCUGCCAUCCUCCCCUGGCCCUGGCCUUUCAGCCUUCUCUAAUGUUGCCCUCCUACUGGGCAGGUCCCGGGCUGGAGGCCUCUAUAUGGCUCACAUGGUCCCCUUGGCUCAACUGGGCCAUGGGAGGGGCCUAGGUGGUAGGGCUGUUGGGGUACUCCCUCCCUCCCCCAGGAACCAGCCCCCUCUCCCAAACUGCCCUCCUCUUGUCGCUUGGUAUCCUUUUUCACGUUUAGUAACUGUUUUUGGAAAGCACAAACUUCUGUAAUGGCGUGUGCUCAUGUCUGUUAAUAAAGAAAUCCAGAUCCA